GAUACUUAUACAAAUACUUCACUAAUACACAAUAAUAACCAAAUACAAUAUAAAUCAUUGCCUGAAAUCCCGUGGUCCCGUGAUAGAGUCUCCGCCUUGCGCAUCAGCCCCGUUGUUGGGCCUCCACCUUGAAAGAAUUGGGCAUCUCUCUGCUGCAGAGUGCGGCUUCCUUUUGGGCCCUGUGCCUACCGGGUUCUGGGAAGCCCACCAGGUGAGAGAACCAGGUGAGAGAGCCGUCUGGGUGGUUUCGCGGCAUGCAUCGCCUUCCUCCUUUGGGGUAUAUCCACAACGAAAUACCAAAAAAAGAAAAGUAAAAAGUUUUGUUUACAUGUUGUCAGCUGACGGUCAGAAGAAGAAGAGGAGGAACCGAGACACGGCAGCAAACGUUUCUCUGCAUCCUUCCCAGCCCUUCAAACCUUCAAUAACAACAACGCUAAGGAAGAAGAGGAGGAGGGGAAAAGGUCAGAGGAGGAGGAAGGUCGUGUCAGCAUGAGGUGGCUUCAGCAGGUGCCCAGGGUGCUCGUAAGAUCGGGAAUCACACCUUCCUGCCAGAGAUUCAGCCCGUCCCUGCAGAGACAUUACUCUGCUGCCCUCACGCUGCCUCCAGACAUUGCCUUUGAGGAGUUGACGCAGAAGCUGGCGGACAAGCAGGUGACCCUCAUUGAUGUGCGGCUGCCCUAUGAGCAUGUGGAGGUUGGCACCAUUCCAGACUCCAAGAAUGUGCCAUUGCAAAUCCUCGGUCUGGCCAUUCUGCAGCCUGACGAAAAGUUUGCCGAGAAGCGAGGGUUUAGCAAGCCGUCCCUGGACCAGCCCCUCGUGGUGACCUGCCUGGCGGGGGUGAGGGCUCGCACGGCACAGCUGGCUCUCUUGGGGGCGGGAUACACCAACGUCAGGGUGUACGUUGGCUCCUUUGAAGACUGGGUGGAGAAGGGUGGCAAGGUGGAGUUCCCAAAAGUUGAAGAGGAAGAAGAAAAAGAAAAAUAGCAGCCGUCACAUCAGCUCCACACACACAUAUCAGAGGUGGUGAGAUAGUCAGGCAUAUUUUUCUAAUGUAAAUAUGUUGAUAAUUUGAUGCAUAAUAAAUUUGUGAUAGUGA